CCCAAGUGGCAUAUUGGUGAGAAAAAGCCUCGUUUGUCUCACAGGAAGAAGUCGAGAAAACAUGAAGAAAAGCGACAGUUGAAGAAACCACUUUUGAAAACUUACGGGCUCAGCAUAUCUCUCCUCCGGGUGGUUGGAUUAAAAUGUGUCACUGUCAAAGCGCAGAAAGUGUGCGCGCAUUCAAACAAGUGGAUUGAUAGAGACAUUGAGUCGUCUGGACACAUUGCGGUGGAUCAGAGGGCUUGAAGUAUCAUAACAAAAACUGUAACAUUUGCAGGCAUGUCGGAGCACAGGUCCAGUUUCCUUCACAUUGGGGAUAUAGUGUCUCUUUAUGCGGAGGGAACUGUCAAUGGAUUUAUCAGCACUUUAGGGUUGGUGGAUGACAGAUGUGUGGUGCAACCUGAGGCGGGAGAUCUCACAAACCCGCCGAAAAAAUUCAGAGAUUGCUUCUUCAAAGUGUGUCCCAUGAAUAGGUACUCUGCACAGAGACAAUUCUGGAAGGCAAAACAGGGGAAACAUGGGAAUAACACGCAGGGAGAUCUGUUUAAGAAAUUACAGCAUGCAGCAGAACUGGAGCAAAAGCAAAAUGACACGGAAAACAAAAAGUUGCUGGGAGAAGUUGUCAAAUACAGUCAAGUUAUACAGCUUCUACACAUAAAGAGUAAUAAGUACCUGACAGUGAAUAAGCGUCUACCUGCCCUGCUUGAGAAGAACGCCAUGCGUGUGUCUCUGGACCCCUCAGGAAACGAGGGCUCCUGGUUCUACAUCCAGCCUUUCUGGAAGCUUCGCAGUGAAGGCGACAAUGUGGUGGUUGGAGACAAAGUGGUUCUGAUGCCUGUAAACGCAGGGCAGCCCCUUCACGCAAGCAACAUUGAACUCCUGGAUAACCGUGGCUGCAAAGAGGUUAAUGCUUUGAACUGCAACACUAGUUGGAAGGUCACUCUCUUCAUGAAAUUCAGUGAAUACAGAGAUGAUGUCUUAAAAGGGGGCGAUGUGGUGAGGUUGUUUCAUGCCGAGCAAGAGAAGUUUCUGACUUGUGAUGAAUACAAGAAACAACAGUACGUCUUCUUGCGCACCACUCUCCGCCAAUCAGCAACUUCCGCCACCAGUUCAAAAGCUCUCUGGGAAGUGGAGGUGGUACACUAUGACCCCUGCAGAGGAGGAUCUGGCCAAUGGAACAGCCUAUUUCGCUUUAAACAUCUCGCCACAGGAAAUUACCUUGCGGCAGAGGUGAAUCCUGAUUUUAAAGAUAAUUGUGUCGACAAAAAUGAGACUGAGACCGACUCUUUGUACUCUAAAAAGAAGUGGCAGACUGAAAAAAUCCCCUACAUCCUUGUCGCAGUGCCCCACGGCAACGACAUCGCCUCUCUCUUUGAACUGGAUGCUACUACUUUACAGCGGGCUGACUGCCUGGUGCCCAGGAACUCGUAUGUGAGACUCAGGAACCUGUGCACAAACACCUGGGUGACCAGCACCAACAUUCCCAUUGAUGUUGAGGAGGAACGACCCGUUAUGCUCAAGAUCGGAACCUGCCAAAUGAAGGAGGACAAGGAGGCAUUCUCCAUUAAUUCUGUCCCCCUGUCAGAGGUCAGAGACUUGGACUUUGCCAAUGAUGCCAACAAGGUUCUGGAGCAGUUUGUGCAUAUAUUGGGGAUCAGCAACUUCCCUGCAGCAAAUGAACGCAGGUUUACCAUUAAGCUGUUGGAGGAUCUGAUUUUCUUUGUGUGCGAUGUGCCAAAUAAUGGCCAGGAAGUGCUGUCAGUGGUGAUCUCAAACCCAAACAGAGAGAGACAGAAACUCAUGAGAGAGCAAAACAUCCUUGCACAGAUUUUUGGCAUUCUGAAAGCCCCGUGUUCCGACAUUAAGGAGUCACCCAUGCCGAAGUUGGAAGAUCUGGGCAACCAGUGCAAUGCUGCAUUUAAGUACAUGCUGCAGCUGUGUUACAGGAUAUUACGCCAUUCCCAACAAGACUACCGCAAGAAUCAGGAGUACAUAGCCAAGAAAUUUUCCAUCAUGCAAGCUCAGAUUGGUUAUGAGAUCCUGGCAGAGGACACAAUCACUGCUCUCCUGCACAACAACCGCAAGCUGUUAGAGAAGCACAUCACCGCACGAGAGAUUGAGACCUUUGUCAAACUUCUGCGCAGGAACCGAGAGCCCAGGUUUCUAGAUUAUUUGUCUGACCUCUGUGUCUCCAACAAAACGGCAAUUCCUGUCACUCAGGAGCUGAUCUGCAAAUUCAUGUUGAACCCCUCUAAUGCAGACAUCCUUAUCCAGACCAAACUGAUCAUACACAUGGAGAGCUCUCUAAUUCAGGAGGAUGGUGAUGACGAAGAGGUGUGGCUGUACUGGAUUGAUAGCCACAAAGAGCCUCAUGGGAAGUCCAUCCGUCACCUGGCCCAGGAUGCCAAGGAUGGACAAAAGAUGGAUACUGACAUCAUCAUCUACUACAGGUGCCAACUCAAUCUUUUUGCUAAAAUGUGCCUGGACCGGCAGUAUCUGGCCAUUAAUCAAAUUUCCAGCCAGUUGCCGGUGGAUCUGAUCCUCCGCUGCAUGUUUGAUGACUGUCUGCCCUACAACCUGCGUGCCUCAUUUUGUCGGCUAAUGCUGCACAUGCAUGUGGACCGGGACCCGCAGGAGGCCGUGGUGCCUGUUCGCUACGCACGCCUCUGGACUGAGAUACCCUCCAAGAUCUCCGUCAAUGAGUAUGAAUAUGAGUUCAGAGACACGUCCAGAGAAGAGAUGAAGAGGAAGUUUGCCCCUACUAUGCGGUUUGUCGAUGAAUACCUCAAAGAUGUGGUCAGUCAGACUUUCCCAUUUGGAAACACAGAGAAGAAUGAACUGACCCUUGAGGUGGUCCACCUGGCACGUAACCUUGUCUACUUUGGCUUCUACAGCUUUAGUGAGCUGUUGUGCCUCACACGCACCCUGCUGGCCAUCCUGGAUAUUGUCCAGCCCACUUUCCCUUUUUUGUCCAAACUCAGCAAGAGUAUUGAGGGAGGUAAUAAUGUCAUGCGUAGCAUCCAUGGUGUGGGUGAGAUGGUGACUCAGAUGGUCCUGAGCCGAGGCGCAAUGAUGCCCCACAGUCUCCCCGAUGCUCAGCCAAUCCACGGCAAGCAAAUCAGUCUCUCUGACAAUGAGGAUGUCAUGGUGAUGGACACUAAGCUCAGGAUUAUUGAGAUUUUGCAGUUUAUUCUGAAUGUGCGUCUUGAUUACCGCAUCACCUACCUGCUGUCUAUAUAUAAAAAAGAGUUUGGCGAACAGACUUUGGACAGUUCUGUCUCAGUUGAUGUCCCUGUCAUAUCUGAGCCAAACAUAGAGGAGAUCGCAGAGAAAGCUGAGAAUAUGUUUUCUGGAAGUGUUAAGGAGAGGAGCACGGUGGACCUUGAUGAUGAAGGUGGCCAGACGUUUCUGCGGGUGUUAAUUCACCUCAUCAUGCAGGACUAUCCUCCGCUGGUUUCCGGCUCUCUGCAGCUCAUCUUCAAACACUUCAGCCAGAGGGCUGAAGUUCUCCAGGCAUUUAAACAGGUCCAGUUGCUGGUUUCUGAGCAGGAUGUGGAGAACUAUAAGCAGAUUAAGGCAAACCUGGACCAGUUGCGUCUAACAGUAGAGAAGUCAGAGCUGUGGGUCGAGAAGAGUGGAGGUUACGGCAAUGAAGACAUUACUGAGAAUCAGAACAAAGAGCAGAAUUUGGAGGAAGUUGGUAUCUUGAGCCCAGUGCAGGAUGGGAACAGUAAACCUCAAAUAGACAGCAACAAAGCCAACAACUACAAAAUUGUAAAAGAGAUCCUGCUGAGUCUCAGUAAACUUUGCUACCCUGCUAAGAAGAGUCGCAUGCAACAGCAGAGGCUCCUGAAGAACAUGGGAGCUCACACCGUGGUACUGGAUCUGCUCCAGAUCCCAUAUGAAAAAGGUGAUGAGAAGAUGGAUGAGAUCAUGACUCUCGCCCACACCUUUCUCCAGAACUUCUGCAGAGAUAACCCUCAGAACCAGACGCUGCUGCACAAACAUCUCAACCUCUUCCUCACACCCGGGCUUCUGGAGGCAAAGACCAUGUGCUACAUCUUUAGGAACAACUACCACCUGUGCAAUGAGAUCAGUGACCGUGUGGUGCAUCAUUUCGUGCACUGCAUCGAAACCCACGGCCGCCACGUGCAGUACCUGCGCUUUCUCCAGACCAUCGUCAAGGCUGAUGGAAAAUACGUGAAGGAGUGUCAGUGCAAAGUCAUGAAUGAGCUGGUGAACGGAGGGGAAGAUGUGCUGCUCUUCUAUAUUGACCGUGCCUCCCUCCCCGUGCUGCUGAAUAUGAUGAGGUCUGAGAGGGAACGCAAUGAUGAGAACGGGGCUCUGGCAUACCACAUCACUCUGGUGGAGCUGCUGGCAGCGUGCACAGAGGGCAAGAAUGUUGAUACCGAGCUCAAGUGCAACUCACUUCUUCCGCUUGAUGACAUCGUCAAGGUGGUCAUUCACGAAGACUGCAUUCCAGAGAUAAAAAUAGCGUACGUAAAUUUCGUGAACCACUGCUAUGUGGACACUGAGGUGGAGAUGAAGGAAAUCUACACCAGCCAUCACAUUUGGAAGCUCUUUGAGAAUUUCCUCACAGACAUGGCCAGGGUGUGCAAUAGCACCACAGACAGGAAGCAUGCUGACGCAUGCCUGGAAAAAUACAUCACUGAUACCAUCAUUGCCAUCGUCAAGGGCUUCUUUGGCUCCCAGUUCUCUGUCAGCAACUCAAACCUGCAGGCCCAUCAACCUAUUUUCAUUAAGCUGCUUCAGUCUGCCUGCAGACUCUACAACUGCACCUGGCUCAACCCCCUGCAGAAGACCAACAUUGAGGGUUGCAUCAAAACCCUUGCUGACGUGGCUAAGAACAGAGCCAUCGCCAUUCCAGUGGACCUGGAUGGUUUGAUUAAUGCCCUGUUUCAGAAGACACACACCAACAUGGUGCAGCGUGCAGCUAAAGACUGGAGAAUGUCAGCCCGCGCUCGCCCCCGCAAAGAGCCCUUUGGGACCCUUGAUUACAAGAACAUCAUUGAGAAGCUUCAGGGAGUCGUUGCCUAUCUAGAGGAGCAGUUCAGUCCACGGGUGCAGGCUGAGUUCUCUGUACUAGUAGACGUACUGCACAGCCCAGAAUUACUGUUUCCCCAGUCAGCACAGCUCAGUGAGAAUGGAGCCUUCAUGUCCAAGCUCAUCAAACACACCAAAAAACUGAUGGAGAAAGAGGAGAAGUUGUGCAUUAAGAUCCUUCAGACCCUGCGAGAGAUGCUGGAUAAGGAGGAGAUGUUUGAAGAGAAAGCUAAUGCACUGAGGAAGACUCUUCUCACACACUACUUUGGCAAUCAGCUGCCCUACACCAAGUCCCUGGAUUAUAGCGGUGGAAACAGCUCUUCCUCUGGAGGUGGCUCUCCAGGGCAGGACUCUGAUAAGCCUGGCACCAGCCUUGCAGAAACUCAGAGUAGGUUAGACGGUGUGGGGGCAUCCGAGCUCGUCAUUGACCUCAUCGUCAGCACUAAGAAUGACCGUAUCUUUGAGGAGAGCAUUCUGCUGGGCAUUGCUCUGCUAAAAGGAGGGAAUACACAAAUUCAGAACUCCUUUUACAAUCAGCUGCACAAGCAGAAGAAGUCAGAGAAGUUCUUUAAGGUGUUCUACGAUCGAAUGGAGCAGGCUCAGAAAGAGAUCCGCUCUAGUGUGUCCGUCAACAUGUUUGAGCUCAGCUGUAGGAAAAGAGAGGAGGAGGGAGAGGGCUCUGGUAUCAGAUAUAAAAAAGUUCGAGACCCCUUGCAUCUCAGAGAGGAAAUGCGGGGUCAACUCAAAGAAGCCUCCUCAGUCACCUCCAAGGCAUACAGCACUUUUCGCCGGGAGCUGGACCCCGAGAUAGAGCUGAUGGGGUCAGGAGGAUUGGAAGGGUUGGAGGAGGUCGAGGAGGAGAUCCAGAUGAGCCAGGCGAUCACUAUCAUGAAACCCAUACUACGCUUCCUUCAGCUGCUCUGCGAGAAUCACAACAGGGACCUGCAGAACUUUCUGCGAGAUCAGAACAACAAGACCAAUUAUAACCUUGUGUGUGAAACACUCCAGUUUCUGGACUGUAUCUGUGGCAGUACCACUGGAGGCUUGGGGCUGCUGGGGCUCUACAUUAAUGAGAGGAAUGUGGACCUUGUCAUACAAACACUAGAGACGAUCACAGAGUACUGUCAGGGUCCUUGCCACGAGAACCAGUCAUGCAUAGCCAGGCACGAGUCGAACGGCAUUGACAUCAUCAUUGCUCUCAUUGUGAACCCAAUCGAUCCUUUGGGAAAGAACCGACUUGACCUUGUGCUGGAACUGAAGAACAAUGCAUCUAAACUUCUCCUGGCCAUCAUGGAAAGUUGUCAUGACAGCGAGAACGCUGAGAAGAUCCUCUACAAGAUGAGACCCAAUGAACUGUUUGAUGUGAUGAAUGAAGCCUACGAUCAUGUAGAAGAAAGUAAGAUUGAUCAAGAGACAUCAAAUCAGAUCAGACCUAAAGACGUUGGCCACAACAUCUACAUCCUGGCCCAUCAGUUGGCUCGACAUAGAAAAGACCUCCAGCAGAGUUUGAAACCUGGUCUAGACCCUAAUGCCGAAGGAGAGGAAGCACGCAGAUACUACGCCAACCACACUGCUCAGAUAGAGAUUGUGCGUCACGAUCGCACAAUGGAGCAGAUAGUGUUUCCUGUGCCCAACAUCUGUGAGUACCUGACAGAAGAAACGAAAGUGCGCGUGUUCACAACCACUGAGCGAGAUGAUCAGGGCAGCAAAGUCAAUGACUUCUUUCAGCAGUUUGAUGACCUCUACAAUGAGAUGAGGUGGCAGAAGAAAAUAAGAAAUAACGCACCACUUUUCUGGGUGUCGAAACACAUAUCUCUAUGGGGCAGCAUUUCCUUCAAUUUGGCUGUGCUGGUCAACUUAGCUGUUGCUCUUUUCUACCCAUUUGGAGAUGAUGGAGAUGAGGGUAUCUUGCCACCAUUCGUGUCCAUCUUGCUUUGGGUUGCGGUGGUCGUGAGCACCUUCAUGUUGUUCGUCCUACCCCGGCCUGGGGGGAUUCUGGUGUUCCUGGUCACCGUCAUUCUCCGCUCCAUAUACACGCUGGGCCUAGCACCCACACUGCUGCUGCUGGGGGCCGUUAACCUGCUGAAUAAAAUUGUGUUCCUGGUGAGUUUUGUGGGGAACCAGGGCACGUUCACGCGAGGGUAUAAAGCGGUCAUCAUGGACGUCUUCUUCCUUCUCCACAUCAGUUUUGUCAUCGUGUGCAUGUUGGGUCUGUUCGUACACGAGUUCUUCUACAGCAUUCUGUUGUUUGAUUUAGUACGUAGAGAGGAAACACUUCUAAAUGUAAUGAGGAGUGUGACGAAGAACGGCCGCUCCAUCUUCCUCACAGCUGUUCUGGCUAUAAUCCUGGUCUACCUCUUCUCCAUUGUGGGCUUCCUCUUCUUUAAAGAUGACUUCUUGAUGGAAGUGGACCGCCUACCUGGCUUAAAGAGACCAGACAUGAAGGAGCCUAUGACCUGUGUUAGUGAGACCUGUUCUAACUCCCCCUUUAGCCCUCAACACGCAGAGGAAGAUGAUGAAGAUGGUACAGAGCGUGUAUGUGACACCCUGCUGAUGUGUAUCAUUACGGUUCUGAACCACGGGCUGAGGAACGGAGGAGGAAUCGCAGAUGUACUGCGCAAACUCUCUAAAGAGGAGCCCAUGUUCCCGGCACGCGUUGUGUACGACCUCCUGUUCUUCUUCAUUGUCAUCAUCAUUGUGUUGAACCUCAUCUUUGGUGUGAUCAUCGACACCUUUGCUGAUCUCAGGAGUGAGAAACAAAGAAAGGAGGAGAUUCUGAAGACCUCCUGCUUCAUUUGUGGUCUUGAAAGAGACAAGUUUGAUAACAAGACUGUGUCAUUCGAGGAACACAUAAAAUCAGAGCACAACAUGUGGCACUACUUGUACUUCCUUGUCUUGGUGAAGGUGAAGGACCCCACUGAAUAUACAGGCCCUGAGAGCUAUGUGGCCCAGAUGAUUAAGGAGAAGAAUCUGGACUGGUUUCCACGAAUGAGGGCCAUGUCUUUGGUGAGCUCUGAGGGUGAGAGCGAACAGAACGAGAUACGAUCGCUGCAGGAGAGGUUGGACACCACCGUCACACUGGUGACUCAGCUGUCUAGCCAGCUUGCUGAACUUAAAGAACAGAUGACAGAGCAAAGGAAGACAAAACAGAGACUAGGCUUCCUGGGACCGUCACAGAUGAACCAUCACAUGCCCCCUGCACACUGAGGACGACCUUACAGUAUCACACCUCUGAACACACACUCUCACACACAUGCUUAUGUUCACACCAUGAACAAAACUACACUCAUGGUGACAUCACACUUUACAUUGUGACAGUUGUUCAGUUACAAAAUCAGCAAUGACUAAAGACUUAACCAUCAUCUCAUAUAAGUGGUUUCUUUAUAAAGUGCAUGUUGUUUACUCUUUCUUGAAAAUAUUAUUUUGGAAAAUCAUGAACACUGUACUUAUUACCAGUAUUGUUCAGGGUAUUGGAACAUGCAGUCCAUUUUCUCCCUGUUUAACUUCGACAGCCUUUGGAAUGGCUGUCUGUUUUUUUAGCUUAAGUAUUAACUCCUUCGUGUUUUUAUUGUCAUUUAAAUAACUGGAGUAUUGCUGUAACUCAGGGUGGACUUUCUGUACUGGAAUAACUGGAGAGAUAAAGUGCCUUUUGACAGUCAAACUUUUUAAAAUCGCUGACUUGUGCCUUACAGUUCCUUUGAUGAAAGAUAUAAAACUGGAAAAAUUAUCAUCUCAUAAUCAUGGGACCAUCUGUAUCUAUUUGUGCCGCCUUCUACAAACACCUAAACCCUCUGAACUCUAGUCUUAACUCUCACAUGAUGAUUUUUACAUUUUAUUUUAAGUCAGAAAUGUGACUACCCUGCACAUGCACUGUUUGUGCCUGCCUUACAAAGGAGUACAGAAAGUAAUAAAGAAUGUAUAUUUGUUUAUUAGAAUGGUUAGCUUUGACUGUUUGUUUGUCUAAAACUGUCAGACCCCCCACAGACCUACUGUAGCAGAAUUGCAAUGAUUGUUUAAAGAAAUUACAUAAUACUUAUUUUUGUCUUGAACUGGGUAAAAACUACAUAUAACAGUAGUUGGCACUCUUAACUUUAUCACAACAACAGUUUUGGUGGGGAAAAAUUGCAUAUUGAAUGUCACAGCUUGCUAAAAUCACACAAAAUUCACCCCAAAACAAGAUAUAUUUAAAAUCAAGAUUUGUAUUAUCAGUGGCUUACAAAAGUUCAAGUUCAAGACUUUAUUGUCAUAUGUGUGGUCCUUUUAAUGCAAGUGAAUGGUGGCCAGACCUUUGAAGCUCCAAAAAUGCACAUAAAGGCAGCAUAAAAGUAAUCCAUACAACUCCAGUGGUUUAAUCCAUAUCUUCUGAAGCUAUGCAAUCACUUUGGGUGAGAAACAGAUCAAUAAUUAAAUCCUUUUUUUUACUAUAAAUUUCCACUUUCAGAAUGUGAAAUAAUGUCAAAGUGAAAGUGUAGCUUUCUAGUAAAAAAGGACUUAAAUAUUGAUCUGUUUCUCACCCACAUCUAUUAUAUCGCUUCUGAAGACAUAUAUUUAACCACUGGAGUCUUAUGGAUUACUUUUAUGCUGCCUUUAUGGGAUCUUUGGAGCUUCAAAGGUCUGAUCACCAUUCACUUUCAUUGUAAGGACCUACAGAGCUGACAUGUUCUUCUAAAAAUCUUCAUUUGUGUUCAUCAGAAGAAAGAAAGUCUGGGAUGGCAUGAGGGUGAGUAAAUGAGGGACUUUUCGUUUUUGGGUGAACUAUCCCUUUAAGGUUGUUGUGGUGAAAAACAGGCAAUGGAAACAAUAGAAGCAAUCAUAAAAAUUAAAGGAAUAGUAAACCCGAACAUUUCCUCCAUUGCUAACCCACUCUAAUGCUGCCUAAAACUUGUAUGACUUUCUUCUUCAAAACACAAUUGAAUAUAUUUUGAAGGAUGUAUGAUGUGUUUUUGUUCAUACAAUGUAAGUCAGUGGGGUCCAAAACUUUUAAGAUCCAAAAAGGACAUAAAGGCCUUUUAUGGAUUAAAAUUAAUCCAUACAACUUCAGUGGUUUAAUCAAUGUAUUCUGAAGUGAUACGAUCAUUUUUGGUGAGAACAGACCAAAAUAUUAGUCCCUAUUCACUAUAAAUCUUGACAUCCGCCAUCUCCUUGGUGCAUUUGUGAGAGAAGGUAAUUCACACACUUCCAGUUGGGCUAUUUUGAAAAUGCAGACAUAAUUUAAAACUAUAGUUGUGGGUUGAAUUUUUUUGGGAUACUUUUAAAAUGUACGUUGGUUGCUAAAAUGUUGGUUAUAAACACUAGAAAAUGAAAAUACAUAUCGAUGUGUAAUGAUACUGGAAUUGAGAGCAAAGUCUUAUAAAGCGCAACUGGUACUCAUGUUGAUAAACAUUGUUAGAAUAAUAUCUCUAUAAUAAAACAUCAGUUGAUUGCUUUAGAUAUAGUAUUCCUUGUUGUUUAUGGUAGAUCACCCUCCACAGUUACUAGAGAAUCUUGUGCUUCAACUCUGGUUAAAAUUAGCCUCAAACAGCUCCAUUAUAGCUCACAGCUGUCACUAAGUGAGGGAAAGUCCAGCACUUCUGGAAUGCUUCAUCAGGGAAAAGACAGCUGGAUAGCUGCCACUCUCACCAACUGUCCCCACUCACACCGAUCGCUCAUCCGUUGGCAAACAGGCUCUUUUACGAUAUGGAACAGGAACAAACAAUGAACAGCAAUAGUCAUGGUUAUUCUAGUUAUUCAAUGAACAGGUUUCAGAAGCUUUUGUUUUAUUAUCAACACUGAUCACUACUGUAUUUAUCCUUCCGUAAAGGCCAGUACACAUACACUGUCUGUCUCGCAUAAGAUUAUAUUGUGCCGGUCAAUAAAGGAGGUGUGCGCAGUUAUGGGGGCACGGGCAAUAAGGGACGACACAUUUAGUAAACAGCAUCCAUAAUAAACAGUCACUAAUCUAAA